AAGAUGCCCUGGCUCGCCGGUGCCUUCCUCCCCGCACAUCACCAACUUUUAAAGCUGGCCCUGACUUCUUUGCAGCGCAGCUCCCGGGGCUUUUCCUUGUAGGUCACUGGCUCCGCUCCGGCUUCGCCUGCUUGGCAUUGGUCUCGAUCCGUUUCGAUCCAGGCAGGAACGAAGUAGCAGCAGCUCCAUCGUCCUGCACACCACACACCCACCUACCCUGCUGCUGCGACCGCGCGGAGCUGAUCCCUUGUACACCUAGCCCGCACCUGCACCUCUUUGUCGUUGGCGGCCAUGGGGAGUUCGUCAUGCGUGAACCUCUCCCGCGCCGUCCUCUUCGCCGGAGGCCGCCGCGGGCACCAGCACGGCAGGGGCGGCCUGCUCUUCCCGUCGCCGCCGUCGUUGCUGUCGAGGCGGCACGGCAAUGGCGGCGCCCUGGCGUGCUGCUCGUCGUCCGCUACAGGCUCAUCAAGGCCGCCGCCGCCAUCGUCGUCCUUCCCAGCAGUGAACGGGCUCGGCGGCGAUUCGGGAGAGGCCGGUUCCACCACCACGUCGCCGGAGGAUCACGCCGGAGGGAUUGGGGUCGCGGAGUUCCUCGGCGUCAAGAACUUCCUCAUCACCGGCGCAACCGGUUUCCUGGCUAAAGUUCUUAUCGAGAAGAUUUUGAGGACGAAUCCUGACGUUGGCAAGAUAUACGUGCUGAUCAAGGCCAAGGACAGCGAAGCAGCAUUGAGGAGAUUGCAAAACGAGGUAGUGGACACGGAGCUGUUCAGAUGCCUACAGGAAAUCCACGGGAAGGACUACAGCAGCUUCAUCGCAAGGAAGCUGAUCCCCGUCGUCGGCGACGUCAGGGAGGCCAACAUCGGCAUCGCUCCCGAGCUCGCCGACGAGAUCGCCGGCCAAGUCGACAUCAUCAUCAACUCGGCGGCCAACACCACGUUCGACGAGCGGUACGAUGUCGCCAUGGACAUCAACACCGUGGGCCCGUUCCGGAUCAUGAGCUUCGCGCAGCGGUUCCGGCGGCUCAAGCUCUUCUUGCAAGUGUCGACAGCAUAUGUGAAUGGGAAGAGGCAAGGCCUGGUGCUGGAGAAGCCGUUUCGCAUGGGAGACACCAUAGCCAAGGAGUUGGGAUCUUCAGAAGAUAAGGGCAGCGCCGUGCUGGACAUCGAGGCAGAGAUCAAACUGGCCUUCGGCUACUCCAGAAGACACUCCGGUGAUUCUGCUUCUUUCGCUCAAGAAAUGAAAGAUCUAGGCCUGGAGAGGGCAAAGCUUCAUGGCUGGCAAGACACCUACGUGUUCACCAAGGCCAUGGGGGAGAUGGUGAUCAACAGCAUGCGAGGGGAGGUACCGGUGGUCACCAUCAGGCCCAGCGUCAUCGAGAGCACCUGGAGGGACCCCUUCCCCGGCUGGAUGGAAGGGAACAGGAUGAUGGAUCCUGUCGUCCUCUACUACGGCAAAGGCCAGCUGAGUGGGUUCCUCGCGGAUCCAGAAGGCGUUCUCGAUGUGGUCCCGGCGGACAUGGUGGUGAACGCGACGCUGGCGUCGAUGGCGAAGCACGGCGGCGGCGCGUCGCCCGGGAUGCACGUGUACCACGUGUCGUCGUCGACGGUGAACCCGCUGGUGUUCGGCGAGCUGAGCCGGUUCCUGUUCCAGCACUUCACGCGGUGCCCCUACAGCGACGCGGCGGGGCGGCCCAUCCCGGUGCCGCCGAUGCGGCUGUUCGACAGCAUGGAGCAGUUCGCCAGCUACGUGGAGACGGACGCGCUGCUGCGGCGGCGGAGCUCGUCGGCGGAGCAGCGGCGGCGGCUCAUCUCGCAGCGGGCGCGCGACCUCUGCGCCAAGUCCGUCGAGCAGACCAUCCACCUGGGCAGCAUCUACCAGCCCUACACCUUCUACGGCGGCCGCUUCGACAACGGCAACACGGAGGCGCUCUUCGCGGCCAUGUCGGCGCCGGAGCAGGCGCGCUUCCACUUCGACGUGCGGAGCGUCGACUGGACGGACUACAUCACCAACGUCCACAUCCCGGGCCUCCGGAAGCACGUCAUGAAGGGCAGGGGCGUCGGCGCCACCAACCAGCUGCUCGCCAGCACCUCCGUGUGACCUCGUGUGAUGCGCGAUCCCAUCCACGGCGUGUACAGACGACGACUCUUGUUACGCCACCACACGACUUUCAUCUCUUCCAUGCAUGUUGACUUGUUGAUUCUUGUAUUAUCCUGUAGUAGUUCCAAAAAACAAAGGCUGUGGAAAUCAACAGUAUACAAGUGCUAAUAGGGAAAGGAGUCAUGCUCAUGUACUAUAAGCACAUCUUCACCAAAAUUUAGAUUACUGCUGACGAAAGGAGUUUAAUUGUGCCUUGCCAUUGAUGAAUGAUGAUACAAAUUAGUACAGGCCUAUUGGUACAAGCUUACUAUGCUACAAAAGUACAAAUUGAUGUUCAGUCUUUUGCCAAUCCCACGCCUCUGUAAAAAUAUAUAUGCCUAAAAAGGGAGGGCGAGAGUAGAAAGUAGAUGGCCCUUCGAUCACCUGAAGGGCUUCAAAACUCGGGCAUGGCUUUUACAUGGCACACUUGCUUUCUUCCAGGAUAGCAGCAUCUCCUGCAUUGACCAAUGGGGGGACC